AGCUAUGUUACAUGAAACCCUUCUGCCUGCUUGUCAACCUGUAAAAAAAUACAUGGGGUAAGAACAGAGGGUAUCUCCAGAAUAUAAUCAUUGAGAAGAGAAGAAAUGGCUUGAGUGAAAUUAGAAGCAGACUGUAAAAAAGAAGUUGCACGUUUACUCAAUGAUGAUGAAGAGGAAAGCUCAGAAUAGAUCUCAUUUUGAUAGUGGGGUGCAUGGAGUUGCAUAUCGGAGUUCGAGACUUCAUUGAAGUAGUUUCUUUGUCUUGGAAUGAGCUUCAUAAAAAGGUUUUGCAGCGAUUGGUAGAAGAUGAAUACCAGAGUGAAGAGUAAUAAACUGCAAUCUAUGAAGGCUACACUGAAGCAAGAUAAACAGAAGGCCAAUAUGCGGGGGAGCAAAGUAGUUGCUGCCGUGAAAGCAACCACAAGUCGACGAGUCUCUAGCAGAGAGAGAAAAAUGGCUCUGCAACAAGAUGUUGAUAAGUUGAAGAAGAAGCUUAGGCAUGAAGAGAAUAUUCACAGAGCUUUAGAGAGGGCUUUCAAUAGACCUUUGGGAGCUCUGCCUCGUCUACCUCCUUAUCUUCCUCCUCCUACAAAGAAGCUUCUUGCAGAAGUGGCCGUAUUGGAAGAGGAGAUUGUUCGGCUUGAAGAACAGGUAGUGCAUUUCAGACAAGAUUUAUAUCAAGAAGCUAUCUACAUUUCAUCCUCCAAAAAGAACAUGGAAAAUUCAGCUGAUUCAUGCAUGAACAAGAAUUCAGAACAAGCGCAGUUAAAGUGUUCAAAUGGGAAUGCGGGUGAAUCCACAACAUCCACACUAACCCAAUUGGCUUCUCUUUCCAAAGAUGGAAGGGGCAAAGAAAACCAAUCAUGUGCUAAUUCUGUGAAGAAGAAGGGAUCCUUUGGGCAAAAAUUGCAGCCACCCAGAACUCCAGUGAAGAGGCCUCUCAUUGACAGUAAACUGGCAGACAAGCAUUUAGAUCCUCAGAAAUUACAGGUUCAGCUAGAAUGUCAUGUAAGAGACCCCGAAAAUGCAGAGGCAAAAAUUGUAAGAGUCUCCAAGGAGAGCUCAUCUGGAGAUGAUGGCCCAAACAAAAUUUCUGAGGAUAUUGUGAACUGCCUGUCUGGCAUUUUGUUAAGAAUGAGCACAGUUAAAAGCAGAGAGGAAGCAGAAUUUGGGGAUCCUUAUGGUAUCUGUUCACAGUUUGGAAGAAGAGAUAUUGGCCCAUAUAAGCAUCUAUUUGCUAUUGAAGUGCACUCGAUCAAUCCAAACCGAACAUCCAGUUCUAUGUUUCUUCUCCGUAGAUUAAAAAUCCUACUUGGGAAACUUGCCUCUGUCAAUUUACAGAACCUCACCCAUCAGGAGAAGCUUGCAUUCUGGAUAAACAUUUACAAUUCCUGCAUGAUGAAUGCAUUUCUUGAGCAUGGAAUACCAGAGAGUCCCAAAAUGGUUGUCGAAUUGAUGCGAAAGGGAACAAUAAAUGUUGGAGGCCAUUUACUUAAUGCAAUUACCAUUGAACACUUUAUCCUCAGAUUGCCCUAUCACUCAAAAUAUACCUUUACAAAGGGAGCAAAAAACGAUGAAAUGGCAGCAAGGUGCAUAUUUGGAUUGGAGUUAUCUGAACCGUUAGUAACAUUUGCCCUCUCCUGUGGAAGCUGGUCCUCUCCUGCUGUGAGAAUUUACACUGCUUCUCAAGUUGAAAACGAACUAGAAGUUGCCAAAAGAGAAUACCUGCAAGCUGCAGUUGGUAUUUCUGCAGAGAAAUUUGCAGUUCCAAAGCUAUUGGAUUGGUACUUACUUGACUUUGCAAAGGACUUUGAGUCUUUGCUGGAUUGGAUCUGCCUACAGUUGCCAAGUGAAUUAGGGAAAAAAGCAAUUCAAUGUCUUGAAAGGGGAAAACAUGAGCCUUCUUCAAAAUUUAUCCAAGUUGUCCCAUAUGAAUUCAGCUUUAGGUAUCUUCUAUACACAUGAAUGAUUCUUGUUAGUUGGAAUUUAUUUUGACCUGGCUGAAAGAAGAGUGUUGAGUUACAGUUUUGUACACCAAUAAAACUAUGUGCACCUAGUUUUGAGUACCUAAUUAGGUAUUUAGAUGAUGUGUCAUCUUAUGAUCGAGUCUGGAUACAUUAUUGGGUACUCAAAACUGGUUACACAACCAGAGAAUAGAUGUUGUAACUAAAUGUAUAAUCUAGUCUUUCUUGUAAGUAGUUGCCAGAGAAAUGUUCUCUUAUUGGGAUCCUGCAUGUAACUAUGAAAUGGGAAGAUUUCUAUACAAAAAGGUGGCUUUACUUGGGGGAAUGCAA